AGCGACUCGGAGUCGGACUGUCGCGAUACUCUUGCUCUUGCGGUUGUUGGGAUCCGAAGUUGCAACGGUUUUUACCUUAACUGGGAUUCCUUCGGUUAUAGAGGACAUAAAUCUAACUAUCACUCUGACGGCUUGGAGCAAUUGUAAAAACAUAAAUCACGAAAGCGUACCCUUUGAUAUUUACAGGCAAAAAUGCCGGGCCAAGUCGAUUCGGUUGAGGGCAAGCGCGCCACCUUCGGCAUGGGCUGUUUCUGGGCCAGCGACUCGUUGUUUGGGGCGACCCUUGGAGUCAUCCGCACCAGCGUCGGCUACGCGGGCGGCACCAGCAACACUCCCACCUACAAGAAUAUCGGCGAUCACACCGAGGUGGUCGAUAUCGAGUACAACCCCGAAGUGGUCUCGUACACGCAGCUGCUGGACUUGUUCUGGAACAACCACGAGUACAGCUUGACGUCGCGCACGAAGCGACAGUACAUGUCGUUGAUUUUGUACCACGACGAGGAACAGAGGAUAACCGCGGAAAAAUCGCGCGAUCGCCAGCAGCACGAGAAGAACGAGAAAUUCAGCACGGAGAUCAGGGCCUUUGAGAGAUUUUAUCCCGCCGAAGACUACCACCAAAAGUACCGGUUGCAAGGUCACGCCUGGCUCAUGGAAGCGAUCGGUGUCAAGUCGGGGGAGCAGCUGCGCACCUCGCCACUGGCCGCAAAGCUGAACGGGUACCUGGCCGGGGUCGUCACGGCGGUGGAGUACGAGCGCCAGGUCCCGGGUCUCGGGCUCUCGGACAAGGCCGCGCAGUACGUGAGGAAGCACGUGGUCGAGAGACAGGGCAAUGGGCUCUACUGCUAGUGCCAAGGCCAUUAUCAGAUACUUUUAGAGAAACGCGCGUGUUUGUGUCCGAGGAAGUCGAGGAAGAGCGUUUGCGGUGUGAAUUCAUGUGUGCGGGAAUACGUUUUUCUUUUUAACGCGAUACAACAUGAAACUAUGUCUACACUGUUGAAGGGAAAUCGUUGAAAUCAGUAAGGAAUUACUGAAGUAUGUAUUAUUUACACGCUUGUGGCGAUGUUUAUUUAUUAGCUAUUAAUAAGUUGAAUCCAUACUACGUUAGCCAGUUCAAUUUCACACUCCACACAUCUAUUUUUUUUAUUUAUUCUUAUUAUUAUUAUUAUU